AUGCCGGACUGUUACACAGGCCCUGGGGAAGGCGUCCAUAGAGCUGAAAAGAAGAUUGCCACCAAGAGCAGCCAGGCAAUCUGCCUGGUGUGGCAAAGGAUGAGCAUCCUUGAUAGUCUUCGCAAAGAACCUCUCUCAACUUUUGGUAGUGGGCGGGAGGGAUUCGGCGAUAAGGCAGGCGGAACGGGCGCUCAUCGCACAGAUGAAUUCUGUAGACUUCACACCCAUCGAUACACCCAGAGAAACAUCUUCCACUGCCAGACAAGGGGACACAUCUGCCAGCUUGGUGUUAUGUCCAAGAGUUAUCGGAGACUGGGCCCAGUGGCAGUCAUCAGCGGUGAGGAAGACUCUGCAAGCCCUCUUCAUCAUGUCAACCAUGGUAUUGUCACACCCUGCUCUCUCGAUGCGGGACCUGAUGCCGUCGUAAUCGGCAUGAGUCGCAUUCCUGUCAUCGAGAACCCGCAGUACUUUCGACAUGGACACAACUGCAACAAGCCGACCACUUAUGUGCAGCAUAUUAAACAAAGGGACAUUGUUCUGAAGAGAGAGCUGGGCGAGGGAGCUUUCGGGAAGGUGUUUCUUGCCGAAUGUUACAACCUCAGCCCCACCAAAGAUAAGAUGCUGGUGGCUGUGAAGACUCUCAAAGAUCCCACCCUGACUGCCAGAAAAGACUUCCAACGGGAGGCCGAGCUCCUCACCAACCUCCAGCACGAGCACAUUGUGAAGUUCUAUGGCGUGUGUGUGGACGGCGACCCUCUCAUCAUGGUGUUUGAGUACAUGAAGCAUGGAGACCUCAAUAAGUUUCUGAGAGCCCAUGGUCCAGACGCCAUGAUCCUCGUGGAUGGCCAACCGAUGCAGUCUAAUGGGGAACUUGGUCUCUCGCAGAUGCUUCAUAUCGCUACACAGAUAGCGGCAGGCAUGGUCUACCUGUCCACCCAGCAUUUUGUGCACCGUGACCUGGCCACCCGCAACUGCCUCGUGGGUAACGGCCUGCUCGUGAAAAUUGGAGACUUCGGGAUGUCCAGAGACAUCUACAGCUCAGAUUACUAUCGAGUGGGAGGUCACACCAUGCUGCCCAUACGCUGGAUGCCUCCGGAGAGCAUCAUGUACAGGAAGUUCUCCACCGAGAGCGAUGUAUGGAGCUUCGGAGUCAUUAUGUGGGAGAUCUUCACCUACGGGAAACAGCCAUGGUUUCAGUUAUCCAAUAAUGAGGUCAUUGAAUGCAUUACCCAAGGUCGGGUUCUAGACAGGCCUCGCCUGUGUCCUAAGGAAGUGUACGACCUCAUGUUAGGCUGCUGGCAAAGAGAGCCGCAACAAAGACUGAACAUCAAAGACAUUCAGAAAGUCCUUUAUGCUCUGGGAAAAGCCACGCCUGUCUACUUGGACAUCCUCGGCUGAGACUGGUGCGACGUCUCAGCAGAACCCAACACAAUCCAGGAAUAACCAAACAAGCCCUUUUCCCCGCGUCGGCGCUCCACUGUAAAACCACCAACACGACGGAGAUGGACUUUAAGUGCCUGCAACACU